AUAACAUAGGAUAACAUAGGAUAACAUAGGAUAACAUAGGGAUCAGGACACGGAGCUCACCCGCUUCUACCAUGGCUUUGUGGCCAUGUGCCGGCAGGUCUGCCGCCUGCCGCCCGCACCCGGAGAUGAGCCUCCAGACCCAUCCCUUACGGUGUUCCCAGUCUCCCCAUCCCGAGCCUCCCGCGGCCUGCGCCGGUUAUCCCUGUUACGGCUGGUGCGGGAGCAGGUGCUGGUGCAUCCCCUGCUGCCGGCGCGGUUAUCCCUGUGCCCGCAGCCGGGCCCGGAGCUGCCGCGCUGGUGGCAGCGGGGCCGGCACGACGGGGAGCUGCUGCGGGGGGCGGCGCGGCACGGGCUGGCGCAUCCGCAGGGAUCCAUCCUGCCUGCGCCAUAGGGACUGAUGGACACAUAGGGUCUGUGCUGUGUCCAUAGGGUUCUAUGC